AUGAACCCCAGCCCCAAGAUACACUCUUUCCCACCCAACCUCAACUCCAUCCAAGUGGUGCCAAAUCUCACACCACAACCCUCACCCAGCAUCAGCCGUUUCCGACUAGAGCAGCAGUGCUCGAUAGCCUCAGCGUCCUUCCAAACAACCUUACCGGCCAUGACUUCAACCACAACUCGGCCUUUCAUCAUUAUCAAUGACCUCCCAGCCUUGAUCGAACCCAUUUCCGGAAUCCAUCGCACCACACAUCCGUCGUUUCGAUCAGAUCAUUGUCACAUCGUCUCCUUUCAGCCUACACUUGACCCCUUUCGCUUUGUUUACUCUCGACUCAUUAUGCAAAACCUUUCCCAAGCUCAAAUCAACAUGGAUGACACCUCCAUUGGCGUGCGUCCUUACCCUAGCACUCGAAGUGGUAGACAUAGUGCCUUGGCUGCUCCCGCUGAGAGUCCUGUCCCAGAGACCGAGGCGACUGGAUCCGUUGGAGUUCGCAGCCCAUUGCUACCCCUUGCGAAUGAUGUCUUUGGCCCACCUGAGCCCCGAGAUCCCAGCCCUGCAGAAAGUUCUGACAUUGAAAUCAUAUCGUCGACCUUCCCUCGUGUGCCUUUGUCUGAUAAAAAACCAGUUUUGAUUGGCAUAGGGGCUCAAGUUCCUAGUACGCAACAGCUCAGCGUUGCGUAUUCCUUAUGCCUGCUCAAAGGCACGGAUAUCAGCAAGGGUCCUGCUAAGAAGAAUGCCAAGCCGGUGUAUUCUACCAUUCCCAUACCUGCGACCAAAAAACCUUUCGAUGUCCGUGAAACCUCCCUAGCUCGCUUGAAAGCACGAUUAUUCGACUUGGCCAGUGAAAUCGAUAACGACCCGACCAAAGGCAACACAGCGAUUCUCCAAACCGCUGAUGCGAUGAAACAAGUCAAGAUUCUUGCGUUUAUCACUGCCCACGACACCUGGGCCAAAAACCAAGACCGUCACAUCGAGUAUGAUGUUGAUGUCACCUCUUUCUUUCAAUCGGUUGUUGGGGCUCCAGGCAAGAACGCUGGGUUUGUCAUCAUGAUGGAGAACCCAGCACGCAGUGCUCAAGAGGCCAAUGAUGAACUCACGAAAAAUCAAGCCCGAUUGCGAGCACAGAACACCCUCAAUAAUGUUGGCACCACAGCCUCGGACCUUGCCCAUGCAACUCCGAAGGGACUUGACCUUGAAGAUGGAAUUAACCUUCCACCAUUUGAUCCUGUGGGCUCGAGAAUUGGUACAAAGGACGUGACCAUCGAUGACCCACCUACGGAAUUGGAAGAAUUUUUCUGGAUUGAUGUCAAGCCGGUCAAGCGCCCUUCUCUCACGGCCACGCCUUCGGUGGCCAAAAGACUCAAAGUUGAAGAGGACUGUCGCCCCUCUGAGUUCGAGUUUGGCAGCUAUGUGGAAAUGCAAUCCUCCACCGUCCGAGUUGAUUUCAAAACUUUACGACACAUCGAAGUCCAUUCAAUGUUGCAACAGUACUUGACCUGGUGCAAAAUCAAUUACCUCAAGAUUGGUGAUUAUGUGCAGAUCUUCUUCAAGCAUUCAAUUACCAGCUUUCAUUGUUUUUUAUUCCCUUCCGUGCUGAGCGCCCAAACCAUUGCUAGUUGGGGUAUUCCAUACGGGGUGGUGAUGGAGUUAAUGACUCGACCUCGUGAAUACUACUCUUAUCAAGUCAACAAGUUAGAAGAGCUCAUGAAUCGCCGAGCUGCUCGUGAUGCCUCAGCUGAAGCCCACGGAGACCACGCCGAAAUGUGA